AUGAUUGAUUUGGAGCAACUGCACGACUGCUACGUAACCACCUCUUCGAAAAUUGUUCUUCUCGUUGUUGACGGGCUGGGUGGGCUGCCCCAUCCGGACACAGGACGCUCUGAACUGGAAACGGCGAAUCUGCCGAACCUGGAUGCCAUGGCAAGGGAAAGCGCCUGCGGAGUCACCACUCCUGUUCUCCCCGGAGUGGCGCCGGGCAGCGGCCCGGGUCACUUGGCUUUGUUUGGCUACGACCCUCUUAAGUACAUAAUCGGCAGAGGCGCCCUGGAGGCCUUGGGAAUCGACGUGGAAUUGCGUUCCGGUGACGUGGCGGCACGAGGCAACUUUUGUACCGUUGACGGCGACGGUAACCUGGUAGACCGCAGGGCCGGCCGCAUUCCCACCGAGUUUAGCGCCCCUUUGUGCAAGCGGUUGGAUACGAUUGAAUUGCCUGGUGUGCAGUUGGAUGUCUUUCCCGUCCAGGACUACCGAUUUGUACUUCGGCUGCGGGGUGAAGGGCUGUCGGAAGCAAUUACUGAGACGGACCCGCAGAUUACAGGCGUCCCUGCUCUGCCGGUAAAGUCGCUGGACGCCGCUGCCGAAAAGACGGCAGCCUUGAUUAACGAUUUUGUUGCUCAGGCAGGCAAUCUAUUGGCAGAAGAAGAAAGGGGCAACAUGGUCUUGCUUCGAGGCUGGGCACAAUUACCCUCUCUGCCGCCCAUGGGACAGAUUUACAGGAUAAAUCCCGCUGGCAUUGCCGCCUAUCCCAUGUAUCGUGGACUGGCCACGGUGGCCAAUAUGCGUAUUAUCCCCACGGGUCAUACCUUCAGCGAUGAAGUGGACACCUUACACGAGGAAUUUGAAAACCACGACUUCUUUUUCAUUCACUACAAGCCGGCCGACGCCGCGGGGGAAGAUGGAGAUUUCGAGGCCAAGGUCCAGGCACUGGAAGACCUGGACCCAUUGAUCCCUCGGAUCCGGGAACUGAAUCCGGACGUCUUCAUGGUGGCCGGCGACCAUUCCACGCCAGCAAUAAUGGCGGCCCACAGUUGGCAUCCUGUGCCCUUUAUGCUUCACUCCAAGCUUAACCGGGGCGAGGGUGUCCCGGGGUUCGACGAGAGAGCCUGUAACACAGGCUCCAUCGGAAGCAUACCGGCCACCUACGUGAUGCUGCUUGCAAUGUCCCACGCAGGCAAGCUAACCAAGUACGGACCGUAA